AUGCCGCCCCGGCGCAGCAUCGUGGAGGUGAAGGUGCUGGACGUGCAGAAGCGGCGGGUGCCCAACAAGCAUUAUGUCUACAUCAUUCGGGUCACGUGGUCCAGCGGCUCCACUGAAGCCAUAUACCGGCGCUACAGCAAGUUCUUUGACCUCCAGAUGCAGAUGCUGGACAAGUUUCCCAUGGAAGGAGGACAGAAGGACCCCAAACAGCGGAUCAUUCCCUUUCUGCCAGGCAAAAUUCUCUUUCGACGAAGCCACAUCCGGGACGUGGCUGUCAAACGCCUGAUACCAAUUGAUGAAUACUGUAAGGCCCUGAUCCAGCUGCCCCCCUAUAUCUCUCAGUGUGAUGAGGUGCUUCAGUUCUUUGAGACAAGGCCUGAAGACCUGAAUCCCCCCAAAGAAGAGCACAUUGGGAAAAAGAAAUCUGGGGGUGACCUGACCUCAGUGGACCCCAUGGUCCUGGAGCAGUAUGUGGUGGUGGCAAACUACCAGAAGCAGGAGAGCUCAGAGAUCAGCCUCAGCAUGGGGCAGGUGGUGGACAUCAUCGAGAAGAACGAGUCAGGUUGGUGGUUCGUCAGCACCGCUGAAGAGCAAGGCUGGGUCCCUGCGACCUGCCUGGAAGGGCAGGACGGGGUGCAGGAUGAGUUUUCCCUACAGCCUGAAGAAGAGGAGAAGUACACAGUCAUCUACCCGUACACAGCUCGUGACCAGGAUGAAAUGAACCUGGAGAGAGGGGCCGUGGUGGAGAUCAUCCAGAAAAACCUGGAAGGCUGGUGGAAGAUCAGGUACCAGGGCAAAGAAGGCUGGGCCCCUGCCUCCUACCUAAAGAAGAGCAGUGGGGAACCCUUGCCCCCAAAGCUGGGCCCUGGCUCAUCUGCCCACUCGGGUGCCCUCGAUUUGGAUGGUGUGUCCCGGCAGCAGAACUCAGUGGGCAGGGAGAAGGAGCUGCUCAACAACCAGAGGGAUGGCCGGUUUGAAGGUCGCUCAGUGCCCGAAGGCGACAUUAAACAGAGAUCACCAAAGAUGAGGCAGAGACCUCCUCCUCGCCGGGAUAUGACCAUUCCUCGAGGUCUCAACCUGCCUAAGCCUCCCAUCCCACCCCAAGUGGAGGAAGAGUAUUACACCAUUGCUGAAUUCCAGACAACCAUCCCAGAUGGCAUCAGCUUCCAGGCAGGCCUGAAGGUCGAGGUGAUCGAGAAGAACCUGAGUGGCUGGUGGUACAUUCAGAUUGAAGAUAAGGAAGGAUGGGCCCCAGCAACCUUCAUUGACAAGUACAAGAAGACCAGCAAUGCCUCAAGACCCAACUUUCUGGCUCCUCUGCCCAAUGAGGUGACCCAGCUCCGGCUUGGGGAUGCAGCAGCAAUGGAGAACAGUACAGGCAGUGAAGCCAUUGGCCCCUCCCGGCCCCUGCCUGAUGCACCACAUGGUGCUGUGGACUCUGGGAUGCCGUGGUCCAAAGACUGGAAGGGCAGCAAGGAGGUCCUGAGGAAAGCAUCUUCAGACAUGUCUGCAUCAGCAGGCUACGAGGAGAUCUCAGACCCCAACCUGGAAGAGAAGCCCAGCCUCCCUCCGCGGAAAGAAUCCAUCAUAAAGUCGGAAGGGGAGCUGCUGGAGAGGGAGCGGCAGAGGAUGGAGCAGCUCCGGGGCUCUUCACCCAAACCUCCUGGUAUGAUUCUGCCCAUGAUUCCAGCCAAACACACCCCCCCAGCCCGGGACAGCAGGAGGCCAGAGCCCAAAUCUGACAAAAGCAAACUGUUCCAGCUGAAAAAUGACAUGGGGCUGGAGUGUGGCCACAAGGUAUUGGCCAAGGAAGUGAAGAAGCCCAACCUCCGGCCCAUCUCCAAACCCAAAGCUGACCCACCAGAGGAGAAGCCAGAAGCCAUUCCCCAGAAUCCCUUCCUGAAGUCCAAACCUCAGGUUAGGCCAAAACCAGCUCCUUCCCCCAGGACAGAGCCACCUCAGGGUGAAGACCAAGUGGACAUCUGCAACCUCAGGAGUAAGCUCAGGCCUGCCAAGUCCCAAGAGAAAUCCUCGUUGGAUGGGGAGAGCCACCAGGCUGUUGGGGGCCAAGAUGUGGCCCUCAGCCGAAGCUUCCUCCCAGGGGAGGGACCUGGCCGUGCUCAGGACAGAACGGGAAAACAGGAUGGGCUCAGCCCCAAGGAGAUAUCCUGCAGAGCCCCUCUGAGGCCAGCCAAGACCACAGAUCCUGUGCCUAAGAAUGUACCCAUCCCUCUCCAAGAGGCUCUCCAGCAGAGACCUGUGGUCCCGCCCCGGAGACCACCACCCCCCAAGAAAACCUCCUCAUCAUCUCGGCCCCUCCCAGAGGUCAGAGGGCCACAGCGUGAAGUCAAUGAAAGCAAGGCAGCUCCUGCCCCAGGCCGUGCCCUUCUGGUCCCUCCAAAAGCCAAACCCUUUCUCUCCACCACCUCAGGGGGCCAAGAUGACAUGCGAGGCAAAGGUGGGCUGGGGCCACGUGGGGCCGGCAAGAUCGGGGAAAACGGGGAUAAAGUGGCUGCAGCCUCCUUCCCCAAUGCAGAUGGCCCAAAAGACUCUUUAUAUGUGGCCGUGGCCAACUUUGAAGGAGACGAAGAUACCAGCAGCUUCCAGGAAGGGACGGUAUUCGAAGUUCGGGAAAAGAACAGCAGCGGCUGGUGGUUCUGCCAUGUCCUGAGCGGAGCCCCUUCCUGGGAAGGGUGGAUUCCCUCCAAUUAUCUCAGAAAGAAGCCGUAG